UUCCGCCCGGGCCCGACCGAGGUUAGGCUCCUCGGGCCGAGGGCGGGGGUACGAGGUGGCAGCUGAGGGAGGAGGCGGCGCGGGAGGCCGAGGAGCUCACGCCCAAACCAAUCCCCGUGUCCCGGGCCGCGACUCUGCUCCUGCAGCGCACCGAGAAGCGAAACCGGCCGGAUGGGCCGCUGAACCCGGGUCGGGGACCGUGUGGAGCCCCCUGGAGCUGAGAUCAGGAUGUUCCGCUUCAUGAGGGACGUGGAGCCCGAGGAUCCCAUGUUCCUGAUGGACCCCUUCGCUAUUCAUCGUCAGCAUAUGAGCCGCAUGUUGUCGGGUGGCUUUGGAUAUAGCCCCUUCCUCAGCAUCACAGAUGGCAACAUGCCAGCGACCAGGCCUGCCAGCCGUAGGAUGCAGGCUGGGGCUGUCUCUCCCUUUGGGAUGCUGGGGAUGUCGGGUGGCUUCAUGGACAUGUUUGGGAUGAUGAACGACAUGAUUGGGAACAUGGAACACAUGACAGCUGGAGGCAAUUGCCAGACAUUUUCUUCCUCCACUGUCAUCUCCUACUCCAAUACUGGGGAUGGUGCCCCCAAGGUCUACCAGGAAACAUCAGAGAUGCGCUCAGCACCAGGCGGGAUCCGGGAGACAAGGAGGACUGUCCGGGACUCGGACAGUGGACUGGAGCAGAUGUCCAUCGGGCAUCACAUUCGGGACAGGGCUCACAUCCUCCAGCGCUCCCGAAACCACCGCACAGGGGACCAGGAGGAACGACAGGACUACAUCAACCUGGAUGAGAGUGAGGCAGCAGCAUUCGAUGAUGAGUGGAGGAGGGAGACAUCCCGGUUCCGGCAGCAGCGCCCUCUGGAAUUUCGGAGGCAUGAGGCAUCUGUGAGUGGGGGUCGAAGGGCCGAAGGCCCUCCCCGCUUGGCUAUCCAGGGACCUGAGGACUCCCCCUCCCGACAGUCCCGCCGCUAUGACUGGUGAAGGCCCUAGGCCCUCAGCCUCUCUUGUACAGGCUGAGAGGCUGAGAAAUCAUCCCCUGAAAUAACUUUCCUCUCCAACUCCCACCUCCAAUUUAAUAUUAAAUUAACAGGCAAGCUGGCCCCCACCUCUCCCUGGGGGUCUCAGGGAGAACCUUUCACUGCCCCCCUUGACCUCCUUUUUUCCAUCUUUAAUCCCCUUACCAUGCUGACUCCAUGUGUCCUGUAUCCACUAACUUGAUUUUUCAUUUUGCUGCUCUAUCUCUGAACCUCCUCAUCUUCCCCACAUUGUUCCCCUGCCAUUCAUUGAAGGGUCUUUUGGGGUGAGCUGUGGGUUCAGGGACCUCCUUCAUCCCUCAGCUAGCCUGGACCCCUGCUCUCCUCUUCCUCAGAGCCCCUGCUGCAGGAGACAUAGCCCUGUUGGGGCUAUGGAGGGAGUGGACUGGUUCCCAACUCUUUCUCCCUCCUCCUCCCACCCCCAUAUACUUCACAAAAAUCUGUACACCCGUCUCUGCCUUUAUUUUUUGAUUUGUGCAACUUGUAACUAGGUGUUUAUGGAAUAAAGGAGAAUGGAAAAAA